AUGCUGGUAUUCAAAACGCUUUCUGCCAAAGCAGCCGCCGCCCUAGACGCGGAACUCAUGUCCACCGGCUCCUUCUCAAUCGACCAGUUGAUGGAGUUGGCGGGCCUUGCCGUGGCCAAGGCCGUGUAUAAGCAAUACCCGCCAAAACGCGCCGCCAAACCGGAAACCGUAUUGGUGCUUGUGGGGCCUGGAAACAAUGGUGGUGACGGGUUGGUAUGUGCACGGCACCUAAAGGCAUGGAACUACUGUGAGCCGGUGGUGUUCUACCCAAAAAGACCGCAAAAAGACUUGUACGUGCGGCUCACCAAACAGCUCGAGGAUAUGGGUGUGCGCUCAGUCAACGACGUGGACCUGGUAAAGAAGUUGCUUGAGGCCGGCUCCACCAAAGUGAUUAUCGAUGCGCUUUUUGGCUUUUCCUUCAGGCCACCGCUCCGCGCACCUUUUGACGAAUUGGUGGGCUACUUGUCGGCAAAUUCCGCCAAGUUGGCACCGAUUGUGUCGGUGGAUAUUCCCUCGGGUUGGGACGUUGACGAGGGGCCCUUGGAUUUGGACAUCAACGCAGCCAUGUUGGUGAGCCUCACGGCGCCAAAGCCGUGUGCAGAGAAAUUCCAGGCCGCAGACAAGGCCCAUUAUUUAGGCGGCAGAUUCAUCAACGACGCGAUUGCAGAGAAGUACGGCAUCGCCGAUCUUUUGAAGAUGUACCAUGCAGAUGACUUGGUGGUCAAGUUGUAG